AUGUUGAAUCCCAGCAAGUACGGGGACAGUGCCUCGUCCCGUGUCUUGCGUCGCAAUUUUACUUAUGAGGGUAGAUCCGGUUAUAAUGUUGAUGGUUUGCAGCGCCACGGGCCGUCAUAUUUGCAGGAAGUUCGUUAUCACCUCUCGCACACAUUCCCCUUCGAAAGCUGUGUAGGUAUUACGAUGCUCCGAGCAGACUGUGGGUUUCAUACACUGUAUUCUUCUUCCAGAGAGACCGCGAGGGAAGUAGCAUUUGCACUAGCCCAUGGCGAGGAAAAUGCAGAUAUCCAGAGCUGUGUUUCCCGACAGAGCGAUGUUGAACCUUCAGAAAAUAGUGAGUCGGGCGUGCCAAAAUUAUCCGCGCUUGUUUCGGUUUGGCUGAUCAAAGCAUAA